AUCUAUAUAUAUAUAUGUCUUCAAUGGCUUUAAGCUUUGUCACUAAUAUAUGCAGUAAACCUAUCAAGAUGAAAAUAAUAUUACAAUCAAUACUAAUAUUUCAUUGUUGUGUACUCUAUUUAGUUUCAGCCCAACUUCAAGUGGGGUUUUACAGUUCUACAUGUCCACAGGCUGAAACUACUGUUCGACAAGCUGUGCAAACGCAGUUCAAUAGCGACCCUUCCAUCACCGCAGCUUUGCUUCGCAUGCAUUUUCAUGACUGUUUUGUUAGAGGCUGUGAUGCAUCCAUACUGAUAAAGUCAACAAAGUCUAAGAAAUCAGAGAGAGACGCUGGAGCAAACAAAACAGUACGAGGUUUCGAGCUGAUCGAUAAAAUUAAGAAAACCUUAGAAACUGUCUGUCCAUCUACCAUUUCAUGUGCUGAUAUAAUAACACUAGCAACAAGAGAUGCUGUUGCGUUAGCUGGAGGUCCAAGCUAUCCAAUUCCAACUGGUAGACGAGACGGCCUAGUUUCAAAUGCAGAUGAUGUAAAUUUACCAGGUCCGUCACUAACAGUUCCAGGAGCUCUCCAAUUUUUCACAAACAAAGGACUAAACCUAAAUGAUAUGGUGACGCUAUUAGGCGCUCACACCGUUGGAGUUGCACAUUGUAAUUUUUUCCAAGAUAGACUUUCUCCGGUACCUGAUAAGACCAUGGAUCCUACAUUAGCUGCCCAACUGUUGAAAACUUGUGCUAAAAGCACUGCAACGGCUUUUUUGGAUCAAAAUACAUCUUUCACUGUUGACAACGAGUAUUUUAGACAAAUCAUGUUAAAGAAAGGUAUUCUGAAAAUCGAUCAAGAGCUUACUUUGGAUAAGUCAAGUGCUCCAAUUGUUUCAAGUUUAGCAUCCAAUGAGAAUGCUUUCAGACAGAAUUUUGCUAAUGCAAUGAUAAAAAUGGCAAGUAUUGAUAUUCUAGUUGGAAGUGCUGGAGAAAUUAGGAAAAGUUGUGGGGUUUUUAAUCCCCCAAAAGUGUUGUAAUAAAGAAUUUGGCAUUAUAAUGCCUAUUUAUUUUACUAAAAUUAUUACAUGUG